AGUCAUCCCAUGUGCAUGUCAUGAACCUCAGUCACAUGUCAAAUAAAGAGCUCGUCUUUCUCAAUUUCAACCAGGACUUCAACUGUAUAGCGGUCGGUACCAAGAACGGAUACAGAUUAUACAACUGCGACCCGUUUGGCAAAUGUUAUUCUAAAUCCGGCGAAGGAACUAGCAUUGUCGAGAUGCUUUUUUGUACUUCCUUGGUCGCGCUAGUAGGCACUGCUGAACAAAAGUCGUUUUCACAACGGCACCUGAAAAUUAUCAAUACCAAGAGACAAUCCACUAUUUGCGAGUUAACGUUCCCUACUCCCAUCCUGGCCGUUAAAAUGAACCGAAGACGACUGAUUGUUGUGCUGGAAGAAAAAAUAUUUAUUUACGAUAUCAGCAACAUGAAGCUGCUUUAUACAUUGGAUACUGCUCCUAAUCCUUUAGCCAUCUGUUCCCUUUCUCCCUCCAGCGAAAACUGUUAUAUCGCCUACCCUUCAAGAAAUGUAACUGAUUCAUCUUAUACCUACCGCCAGCAAACAUCUGCUUCCUCUCACAUCACAGGCGAUGUUGAAAUAUUCGACGCAUUGGAUCUUCGCAUUGUUGGUAUCGUGCAAGCGCAUAAAUCCCAUGUGAGCUGUAUAACGAUCAAUGCAGAUGGUACCCUGCUGGCGACUUCAAGCGAAAAGGGCACGGUCAUUCGAGUCUUCUCGAUUCCAGAUGGCGCAAAAAUAUACCAGUUUCGACGAGGAUCGUAUCCAGCGAAAAUAUACUCUAUCGCCUUCAAUCUUGUCAGCACGCUGUUAUGUGUGUCAAGUGAUACGGAAACGGUUCACAUUUUCAAAUUAUCCGCAGGGGGUUCGCCCAAUGUCAAUGGCACAGAUGGAUACAGUGAAAAUUCACAAGAUUAUGAAGAGCCGCAGCCUCACAGUGAUUCUCGCAGCAGAAGUUCAAGCGUUGGUCAAAUGUUGCGAAGGUCAUCCAUGAAUAUUGGACGUAAUAUAGCGGGGAGCGUAGGUUCAUAUCUACCAGAGUCUUUAACGGAGAUGUGGGAACCUGCUCGAGAUUUUGCAUCUUUAAAGUUGCCUAGUACAGGCGUUCGAAGCUUAGUAGCUCUUAGCAGCACAACGCCACAGGUAAUGGUUGUGACAUCGGAAGGGUUUUUCUACCAAUACAGCAUCGAUCUGGAGAACGGUGGUGAUUGCGUACUCCAAAAUCAGCUCAGCCUUUUGGAACCUACAGACGAGUUGGAAGAGUUUAAUGGAGAAUAAUGACGAGAAACCAUCCUUGAGAAUAGUCGUCAAAAAGGCGGCUGAUUUUUAUAUAUACCAAGUUUUCUCCUUUGAUUGUUUUCCUUUAGCAUAAAUAUAAUUCCAUGUAAACGAUCCAAUUGACUUGGACGAAUGUUUCUCAACAAAGAAAGGUAGUCAUUCGCACAAUCAUCUCUUAGAAAU